ACAAGUAAGAGAAUAAGACAUCGAGUAUUAUUGCGAAUUUAAAGCCUAUAUCGCUGUCUGCGAUUUCUCUAGCGAAACAUUCACAGCACCAAAUAUUUGUUAUUAAUUACAGUCUUAAGGAAUACCUGGGAUCCAAGAGCUGUUAUGAAGAUGAAGACGGGUCUGUUCUGCUUAUUCCUGCUGAUCGGCAGCAACGUGUGUGCCGAUGAAGAUGACAAGAAGGAAAACGUGGGGACCGUAGUGGGUAUCGACCUUGGGACCACUUACUCCUGCGUUGGUGUCUUCAAGAACGGUCGUGUUGAGAUCAUCGCCAAUGACCAGGGUAACCGAAUCACUCCUUCCUAUGUGGCCUUCACAACUGAGGGUGAGCGUCUUAUUGGCGAUGCUGCCAAGAAUCAGCUCACAUCCAACCCUGAGAACACUGUCUUUGAUGCUAAGAGGUUGAUUGGCCGCACUUGGUCAGACCCCUCUGUCCAGCAGGACAUCAAGUACUUCCCCUUCAAGGUUAUUGAGAAGAAGAGUAAGCCUCACAUUCAGAUUGACAUUGGAUCAGGCCAGAUCAAGACAUUUGCUCCUGAGGAGAUCUCUGCUAUGGUUCUCACUAAGAUGAAGGAAACUGCUGAGGCUUACUUGGGCAAGAAGGUUACACACGCUGUGGUCACUGUCCCCGCCUACUUCAAUGAUGCCCAGCGUCAGGCCACUAAGGAUGCUGGAACCAUUGCUGGCCUGAAUGUGAUGAGAAUCAUUAAUGAGCCAACUGCCGCUGCCAUUGCUUACGGCCUAGACAAGAAAGACGGUGAGAAGAACAUCCUGGUAUUUGACCUCGGUGGUGGGACCUUCGACGUCUCUCUCCUGACCAUUGACAACGGUGUGUUCGAGGUGGUGGCCACCAAUGGAGAUACCCACUUGGGCGGCGAAGACUUCGACCAGCGGGUGAUGGAGCACUUCAUCAAGCUGUACAAAAAGAAGACUGGCAAGGACGUGCGCAAAGACAACCGCGCGGUGCAGAAGCUGCGCCGUGAGGUAGAGAAGGCCAAGAGGGCCCUGUCUUCCCAACACCAGGCCCGUAUCGAGAUUGAGUCCUUCUUCGAGGGUGAGGACUUCUCCGAGACCCUGACCCGUGCCAAGUUUGAGGAGCUCAACAUGGAUUUGUUCCGUUCCACCAUGAAGCCUGUCCAGAAGGUUCUGGAAGAUGCUGACCUGAAGAAGUCCGAUAUUGAUGAGAUCGUCCUUGUGGGAGGCUCCACCCGUAUCCCCAAGAUCCAGCAGUUGGUGAAGGAGUUCUUCAAUGGCAAGGAGCCAUCCAGAGGCAUCAACCCUGAUGAGGCCGUGGCCUACGGUGCUGCAGUCCAGGCUGGUGUACUGUCUGGAGAAGAGGAUACAGGAGAUCUGGUUCUGUUGGACGUCUGCCCCUUGACUCUGGGUAUUGAGACCGUCGGAGGUGUGAUGACCAAACUUAUCCCCAGGAACACUGUGGUGCCCACCAAGAAGUCUCAGAUCUUCUCCACUGCCUCUGACAAUCAACCAACGGUCACAAUCAAAGUUUAUGAGGGUGAGCGUCCCUUGACUAAAGAUAACCACCUGCUGGGAACCUUUGACCUGACUGGAAUCCCUCCUGCUCCUCGCGGCGUUCCUCAGAUCGAAGUCACCUUUGAGAUUGAUGUCAACGGUAUCUUGAGGGUCACCGCUGAAGACAAAGGCACAGGGAACAAGAACAAAAUCACGAUCACCAACGACCAGAACCGACUGACCCCAGAAGACAUCGAACGCAUGGUGAAUGACGCCGAGCGCUUUGCCGAUGAAGACAAGAAGCUGAAGGAGCGAAUUGAUGCCCGUAACGAGCUGGAGAGCUAUGCCUACUCCUUGAAGAACCAGGUGGGCGACAAGGAGAAACUGGGAAGCAAGCUGUCCAGCGAGGACAAGGAUGCCAUCGAAAAGGCGGUGGAGGAGAAGAUCGAAUGGUUGGAGUCCCACCAGGAUGCCGAUGUUGAAGAGUUCCAGAGUAAGAAGAAAGAGCUGGAGGAGGUAGUACAGCCAAUUAUCAGCAAGCUCUAUGGCAGUGCCGGCGGCCCGCCACCAGAGGGCGACGCCGAGCAGGAGGAGAAGGAUGAGUUGUAGGCGGGCCUUUGAUCACGUCUCGGCUCUCUUAUGCUCCGUGUGAUACCCCUGCCUCUCUGGUAGUGGCACAGGUGUACCUAUUGGACUCGAUGGACAAUUGAGAGGAAGGGCAGAAUUUCAGGGGAAAUUGGGGUGUUUAAAAACCACAGAUCUUUUUUUCUGGAAGGACUUGUGGAG